AGACGCGAGAGCAGCCCGUUGCUCGUGGACGUCGUCGCGGACGAUGAUUUAGACGACGACGACCCGACGACGUCGUCUCUGGACGCGCGCGUCACCUUUACGCAGCUGUUAUCGCUCGCGAAACGCGAGUGGGACACGUUACUCUUCGGGACACUCAGUCUGCUCGUUCGCCUGCCGUUCUCGGUGUCGAUGCCGCAUUUCACGAGCGUCGCGAUCGGGGCGUCGAUUGACGGCGAUGAAGCGCGAUUUCGCGCCAACGUCACGCGGUUCCUGGUCGUUGGCGUGGUGAACGGAGUUUUAGACUUUAGCAAUGUGUUCCUCUUUGCGUUGGCGCAGAGUCGCGUGGCGAGGCGGUUGCGGAAUCGAGCGUUCGCGGCGACGCUGAGGAAAAAUAUGGCGUAUUUUGAUGCGAGAACGUCGGGUAAAAUAAAUUCGACGGUGACGAACGAUACGAGCGCGGUGAGCGCGAAUUUGUCUUGGCUGUUACGCAGCUGCGUGGAAGCGGUCGUCAGGUGCGUCGGUGUCGGCGCAUAUCUUUUGUUUUGGGUGAACUUCGAGCUCGGUGCGUUGGCGCUCGUCGUGAUACCGAUAACAAGCGUGGUCAAUUACUUCUAUGGCAAGUUAUUGAGCGCUAACGCAGAGUCAGUGCAAGAGACGUUGGCGAAAUCGAACGGCGUGGCGCAAGAAACUAUUUCAAACAUCGUCACGGUGCGAUCGUUCGCGAACGAACCGUUUGAACGCAGACGGUUCGGCGAUGCCAUAGAUGAGUGGUACGAGCAGUCGUAUCGCGCCGCGCAACUGUCAGGAUGGUACUAUUCGUUUAUGUAUUCGCUCGUGUCGGCGUGUUUCGUGCCGGCGGCAAUUCUGUACGUAGGAGGUGGAUUCGUCGUCGACGGCUCGAUGCACGCCGAAAAGCUCGUUGCGACCAUGCUUUAUUCUGCGAUUUUACAAGAGUAUUUCGGGAAUCUUUUGAGCUCUUUUACGAAUUUGUUCGCCGCGCGAGGUGCAGCGGCGGAAUUGUUCAAAGUUUUGGCCAAGAACGAGCGAGAAGACGACGACGCGGACAAUGGCGCGACGCUACCCAUCGACGACGUGAAGGGAGCAAUAUCGUUUUCAAACGUCUCCUUCUCGUAUCCGACUCGACCGGAUAUUCCCGCGCUCUCGGGCGUGAGCUUCGAUGUGUCGCCCGGCGAGAUCAUCGGCAUCGUUGGUCGGAGUGGUUGCGGCAAGUCUACAGUGUUCGCACUGCUACAGCGUUUCUACACCGAAUUUAGCGGCGACAUCACACUCGACGGAGCGCGCAUCGAGACGCUCUCGCCGAACUGGCUCCGGCGUCACUGCUUCGCGCUCGUUGGCCAAGAGCCAGUACUUUUCAACGGCACAAUUCUUUCUAACAUUGCGUACGCUCGUUUGGGCGCCGGAAUCGAUCGGGAGCGUGCGAUUGAGUGCGCUAAGACUGCGCUGAUCCACGACGUCAUCGAAGACGAACUCGGCGGCUACGAUACACACGUCGGAGAGCGGGGUUGUCAAUUGUCAGGCGGCCAAAAGCAGCGCGUCGCAAUUGCUAGAGCGUUGUACUCGUCUCCGCGGGUGUUAUUAUUGGACGAACCCACGAGCGCUCUUGAUUUAGAAGCCGAAUCCAUCGUUACCGCGGCUUUGCGAAAAGCCGCUCGCGGACGAACAACGAUCGUCAUAUCACACACGCCCGUCGACUCGUUCGUCGACAGAACUUUAGAACUCUCCCCUAGAACAUAG